GGGGCUGUGCAGCGCGGCCGCUGCCUGGCGGUGGCGGCGGAGCGGGGCUGUGUGGGGCGCCCGGCCCAAUGGCGGCGCUGAAGUACGCGGGGCUGGACGAUACGGACAGCGAGGAGGAGCUGCCGCCGGGCUGGGAGGAGCGGACCACCAAGGACGGCUGGGUUUACUACGCGAAUCACCUGGAAGAAAAAACACAAUGGGAACAUCCUAAGUCUGGGAAGAGGAAACGUGUCGCAGGAGAUCUGCCAUAUGGAUGGGAGCAGGAGACUGAUGAAAACGGACAAGUCUAUUUUGUAGACCACAUAAACAAAAGGACUACCUACCUUGACCCAAGACUGGCCUUUACAGUUGAAGAUAAUCCAGUAAAACCUACCGCUAGACAAAAAUAUGAUGGAAACAGCACUGCAAUGGAAAUACUCCAGGGUCGUGACUUAAGUGGCAAAGUGGUUAUAAUCACGGGAGCAAAUUCAGGAAUAGGUUUUGAAACUGCAAAGUCUCUUGCACUGCAUGGGGCACACAUUAUCCUGGCCUGCAGAAGUACAUCCAGAGGCAAUGAGGCUGUACAACGCAUUCUUGAGGAAUGGCAUAAAGCCAAGGUAGAAGCAAUGACCUUAGACCUUGCUUCACUUCAGAGCGUGCAGCACUUUGCUGAAGCAUUCAAAUCCAAGAAUGUGCCUCUUCACAUACUGAUCUGCAAUGCUGCUGUGUUUGGGGUUCCCUGGUGCUUGACGGAGGAUGACCUGGAGUCCACCUUCCAGGUGAACCACUUGGGACAUUUCUAUCUUGUCCAGCUUCUGGAAGACGUUUUGCGCCAGUCAUCUCCUGCCAGGGUUGUGGUGGUGUCCUCAGAAUCACACAGAUUUACAGAAAUUAAAGACUCCUCUGGAAAACUUGAUUUCAGCCUGCUUUCUCCAUCUAAGAAGGAGUAUUGGGCUAUGUUGGCCUACAACCGUUCCAAGCUUUGCAAUAUACUGUUCUCCAACGAGCUGAACCGACGCCUUUCUCCCCAUGGAGUGACGUCUAAUGCAGUCCAUCCUGGAAAUAUGAUUUACUCCUCCAUUCAUCGUAACUGGUGGGUGUACACCCUGCUGUUUACCUUGGCUCGACCUUUCACCAAAUCCAUGCAACAAGGAGCUGCCACAACUGUCUACUGUGCCACGGCUGCGGAGCUGGAGGGCCUGGGAGGGAUGUACUUCAACAACUGCUGCCGCUGCCUGCCGUCGCAGGAGGCACAGACCGAGGCCACGGCUGCGGCCCUCUGGGAGCUGAGCGAGAGGCUGAUCCAAGAAUGAAUUGGCAGGCAGUCCAAAUAACAGGGAGCUCCUGGAAGGAUCAAAACACACAAGUGUGUGCUUGCUCGGAAACUGCCAACACUGGAACCUGUCCAAUCUUAUCAUCUAGAGGGUUUCCAUAUACCUCAGAUACAGAUUAACCAGUGUUAAAUGAAAUAAUAGCAGUCACAACAUAGUGAAAAAUGUUAAGUACUAAUGGGAAAUGGGGAAUACUGUGGGUUAAAGGGACAAUGCGGCUUCCUGGGGCUUAGUUACUCUUGGUUCUCUUUCUUUUGAUUAUAGCCUCUUCAAAGUGUAACCCAAGGAGGCAUCUUUUGUCUUACUUCAGAAAAGCAAUGCUGCAGAUAUUUUCUGCUGUUUUGAUUAAUGGGUAGGUAUGUAGCCCGGUAUGGGAUUUCCUCUUUAUUUUGAUAAUUACUGUCUGUUAGGCUUUAGGUAUUGACUAGGAGAUGGUAGCUGUGUUGAUUCUUCUUUUCCCUACAAGGAUUUUAUUGGGUGUGGCAAAUUAAAAA